AUGCCAAUCGCCAACGGUGACUCCCUCGGCCGCGCCAUGAAGGCAGAGAUUCAGGAUUACACCAAGGCCCUGGAGGUCCUGGAAAAGGAAUACACUACCAGAGACGGCCUUGAUGUUGAUACUCUGCUCGAUUCGGACAAGCAUGGAGCAUUGACUUACAAUGAUUUCCUGAUCCUGCCUGGUUACAUUGGCUUUCCUGCUUCCGAUGUCACUCUUGAUACCCCUGUCACCAAGCGUGUCUCGCUGAAGGUUCCCCUUCUCUCCUCUCCCAUGGACACCGUCACCGAGCACAACAUGGCUAUCCACAUGGCUCUUCUGGGUGGUCUGGGUGUCAUCCACCACAACUGUUCCCCCGAGGAUCAGGCUGAGAUGGUCAGAAAGGUCAAGAGAUACGAGAACGGCUUCAUCUUGGACCCUGUCGUUCUCUCUCCCAAAGCCACCGUUGGAGAGGCUAAGGAGCUCAAGGCCAAGUGGGGCUUCGGAGGCUUCCCCGUCACUGAAAACGGAACUCUUCGCUCCAAGCUCGUCGGUAUGGUCACAUCCAGAGACAUCCAAUUUCACACCAACCUCGAGGACCCUGUCACCGCAAUUAUGUCCACCGACCUUGUCACCGCACCUGCCGGCACCACUCUGGCCGAGGCCAACGACGUUCUUCGUAGCUCCAAGAAGGGAAAGCUUCCCAUCGUUGACGCAAACGGAAACCUCGUCUCUUUGCUGUCUCGCAGUGAUCUGAUGAAGAACCUCCACUACCCCUUGGCAUCCAAGCUCCCCGACUCGAAACAGCUGAUCUGUGCUGCUGCGAUUGGCACUCGUGAGGAGGAUAAGCACAGACUCAAGCUUCUCGUCGAGGCUGGUCUUGACAUUGUCAUCCUCGACAGCAGCCAGGGUAAUAGCAUCUACCAGAUUGAGAUGAUCAAGUGGGUGAAGAAGACAUUCCCCGAGAUUGACGUUAUCGCCGGUAACGUCGUCACUCGGGAACAAGCCGCAGCUUUGAUUGCUGCCGGUGCUGAUGGCCUGAGAAUUGGCAUGGGCAGCGGCAGUGCCUGUAUCACCCAGGAAGUCAUGGCUGUCGGUCGUCCCCAGGCCGUUGCCGUUCGCAGCGUCGCUUCCUUUGCUGCCCGCUUCGGUGUUCCUUGCAUCGCCGACGGUGGUAUCCAGAACGUUGGCCACAUCGUUAAGGGUCUCGCCAUGGGUGCCUCCACCGUUAUGAUGGGAGGUCUCCUUGCCGGUACCACCGAGUCUCCCGGUGAAUACUUCGUGAGCAAUGAAGGCCAGCUUGUCAAGGCCUACCGUGGCAUGGGAAGUAUCGCUGCCAUGGAGGACAAGAAGGCCGGUGCUGGUGGCAAGGACAGCAAAGCCAGCAACGCUGGUACUGCCCGUUACUUCUCCGAGAAGGACCGUGUGCUCGUCGCUCAGGGUGUCGCUGGUUCCGUUCUCGACCGUGGUUCGGUCACCAAGUUUGUUCCUUACCUUGUUGCGGGUGUUCAGCACUCUCUGCAAGACAUUGGUGUCAAGAGCCUUGACGAGCUCCACGACGGUGUCGACAAGGGCAUUGUUCGUUUCGAGAUGAGAAGCGCUAGUGCCAUGGCCGAGGGUAACGUCCACGGUCUGCACAGCUACGACAAGAAGCUCUAUUCAAACUUCUCUUCUACGCUGGAAUCAUCGCAGUCCAUUGAACCGCGCAGAAUGGCAGCUAAAAAGGGUGACCGGUCCAAGGCGACGCCGGCGAUACCCAGGCCUAGCUCAAGCGUCAUACUCAUCUCGCCCAAAAAUGAAGUCCUCUUACUGCACCGCGUCAAGACAUCGACUUCAUUUGCCUCGGCACAUGUAUUUCCUGGAGGGAAUCUGUCUGCUCAGGACGGAGAAUGUCCCGCUGCAGAGGAUCCAAAGAGGCACGAGGAUGCGCCGUGGUACCGCAAUGCAGCCGUGAGGGAACUGUUCGAGGAGAGCGGUAUCCUGCUAGCGAGAGACCAGAACACAGGCGUAAUGCUAGCUGUACCCGAGGCAGAGAGAGAAAAAGGAAGACGAGCCAUCCAUCAGCAUGAGGUGACGUUUGCUGAGUGGUUGAAGAAGCAGGAUGCUGCUGCAGUACCGGAUAUAGAGCCUUUGAUCCCGUUCACACGAUGGAUUACCCCUACGAAUGUCCCCAAACGUUACUCGACACAGAUGUAUCUCUACUUCCUACCUCUUCCAGUUGAGUCAGACAAGUCAGUACUGAACGAGAUUCCUGCCGAAGGCGAACGGGAAGAAAUUCAAGUUCCUACGAGCGAUGGCGGAAUCGAAGUAACAGAGGCCAUGUUCCUGCCUGCAGCAGAAUGGCUGCGGAGGGCUCAAAGCGGCGAAAUCAUCAUGUUCCCUCCGCAGUUUCUUCUGUUACAUCUAGUGUCGCACUUCCUUGACAAGGAACCGCGAGCGACGGCUUCGCUCGAGGAGCUGAGAAAUCGACGAGCAGAAUUGGUGGAGUUUGCCCAUUCUGGAACACCGCCCUGGACGGAGAAAUGCAUCUCUCCUAAGAUGCUCAAGAUGUCCUCGGAUGGACGGGCUGUGUUAGCAUUAGAUCAUCCCGGACCGGAGUUGAAGGGCACAAAUCGGGCUGGGGAGCCGGAUCGGGUGGUGUAUGUACAGUUCAAGCAGGGGGCUGCUCGAAAACUCGACGUUCGAUGGAAGAAGGACGUAUUUGCAGAGCAGGAGAAGAGCAUCCGCCAGUUGAACCCGCCAGCGCACCUCCGUCUUCCUCACCGUCGUCGACCUCAAGCACUCUAUCAAAACGCCAAAAUGGAGAACGAAAAGGGAGAGAUCGUCGAUCUCUACGUCCCCCGCAAGUGCAGCGCCACCAACCGCAUCAUCAAGGCCAACGACCACGCCUCCGUCCAGAUCUCCAUCGGCAAGGUUGACGAGAACGGUCGCUACACCGGCGAGAACCAGACCUACGCUCUCUGCGGCUUCAUCCGUGCCCGUGGCGAGAGCGAUGACUCCCUGAACCGCCUCACCCAGCGUGAUGGCUACGUCCGCAACGUGUGGACCGCCAGCCGCCAGCGGUAA